AUGGGGUUUGGGGAUUUCAGUUUUAUAUGUGCGAAGGCUCCGCUGCCGGUGUGCUCGGUGGUGCGGGCUGCCGGUGUCAAUGCUACAGAUACCGUCUACAAGGGCAUUUUACCCUCAUGCUACGCGCGACCAGUCAACCUGGCUAACACCAUGGUGUUCGAGAUAGGCAACGCCUUUGUGAAUAUCGCAGCGUUGGUGAUAAUGCUAAUUAUCCUGUUUCAGGUCAAGAGCAAAUAUACCGCAAUUGGAAGAAGCGAAAUGGUAUUUUUCUUCAGCGUGUUCAUUGGCCUCAUAGUAUCCACGUUAAUCGUUGAUUGUGGUGUGUCUCCACCCGGAUCCGGUUCUUAUGGGUAUUUCGUGGCAAUUCAGCUUGGAAUGGUUACUGCAUCGUGUUGGUCUCUGGCAUACUCGGGAAUGACUGGCUACCAGCUCUGGGAGGACGGAACGCGUUUUUCCAUGAAGGUUCUGAGGAUUUCAUCUCUGGGCGCAUUCGUGAUGAGUUUCCUGGUUGCCAUUUUCACAUUUGAGAACUGGUCUUCCGGCGUGGACACAGAACACACAAUGGGGCUUUUUGUGGUCUGUUACAUCGUGAAUGGAAUUUUGGUGGUGACAUAUCUAGUGUCCCAGGCCGUUCUAUCCGUAUUCUACCUGAAUAACUGGUGGGCCUUCGGGGCUCUAUGCCUAGGAGGAUUCUUCUUUGUAUGUUCCCAAUUACUUGUUUACGCGUUUUCUACCAAGAUUUGCGAGAAUGUGAACCAUUACAUUGACGGUUUGUUGUUUGGAUCUCUUUGCAACCUCUCCACCGUCAUGAUGGUGUACAAGUACUGGGACAUGAUAACCACCGAGGACCUCGAGUUUGCCGUGACUGUGGGUGGUGAUACCGGCAUGGGAUGGGGGAAUUACACGGACAAAGACGAGAGUUUGAAUCUUUUGAAUGACUCAAACAAUUGA